GUUAGUGGAGAGCCCGCAGUUGUCUUUGCUCGUCGGGUCCGAGGGGGGCGGAUAGCCGAGAACACACGGUGUGCUUGUCCUUGAGACAUGACUGCCCGAGGGUUUCCCAUCUAUAUUCCCAGGACAGCCAAAUACUUUAGCGCGUCUGUUUGACAACAUGCUGGGCGUUUUAGUCAAGGCCGCGCUGCGGCCUGGCAUGGUGAAGCCAUGUCGCCUGGUCAGACCAGUGACACAGAUCCCAGAGAGGUCACUGGUGGACCAGAAGGGUUUACCGAAGCUGCCUGUGCCACCCUUGAAGCAGACAUGUGAGCGAUACCUGGCCGCUCUGGAGCCCAUUGUCAGCGAGGAAGAGCUGGACCACACCCGACAGCUGGUGAAUGAGUUCCUCAAGGGUGGUGUUGGAGAAAGGUUGCAGAAAAGCCUGGAGCGACGGGCACGCAAGACAGACAACUGGCUGUCAGAGUGGUGGAUGCAGUCAGCCUAUCUAGACUGCCGUAUGCCAGUGGCGGUCUACACCAGCCCAGGGGUUGUCCUGCCUCGCAUGCAUUUCCAAGAUCGACAAGGACAGAUGAGGUUUGCUGCCAAACUGAUUGCAGGAGUUUUGGAAUUUAAAAAAAUGAUCGACACUGAUACCCUGCCUAUAGAGUACCUGAGUGGGAAGCCGUUGUGCAUGGACCAGUACUACCAGAUCCUGUCCUCCUGCCGCGUCCCUGGUCCCAAGAGAGAUACUGUUGUAAAUCACACCAUCGGGAAAAAACCUGUCACUCAUAUCACUGUGGUCCACAACUUCCAGUUCUUUGUCUUGGAUGUGUAUCACAGCGAUGGCACCCCGCUGACAGUAGACCAGAUUUACAUGCAGUUGGAGAAGAUCUGGAAUUCAUCUUUGCAGACUAACAAGGAGCCGAUUGGCAUCCUCACAUCACAGCACCGCAACACCUGGGGAAAAGCCUAUAACAAUCUGAUUAAGGAUAAGACAAAUAAAGAGUCAGUCCGUGCCAUCCAGAAAAGUAUCUUCACAGUUUGUCUGGAUGCCCCGAUGCCACGUGUGUCAGACGAGCUGUACCAGAGCCGUGUGGCUGCACAGAUGCUGCAUGGAGGAGGAGCUCGCUGGAACAGUGGCAAUCGCUGGUUUGACAAGACAAUACAGUUCAUUGUUGGUGAAGAUGGCACAUGUGGACUAGUGUAUGAACACGCACCGGCCGAGGGUCCACCCAUUGUGUUUCUCAUCGAUUUUGUUGUUAAAUACAUGCAGAGAAAUGAAAUAGUACGCUCUCCCAUGGUUCCCCUGCCUAUGCCUCUGAAACUGCGAUUUAACAUUACACCUGAAGUCAAGAGAGACAUUGAGAAAGCAAAGCAAAAUAUGAACAUAAUGGUGCAUGACUUAGAUGUGAAGGUGCUCAUGUUUUCACAUUUUGGAAAAAAGGUGCCAAAGAAACAUAAGUUGAGUCCGGAUGCUUUUGUGCAAAUGGCGUUUCAACUGGCCUACUUCAGGAUGUAUAAUAUUUGCUGCUCCACAUAUGAGAGUGCAUCGUUGCGUAUGUUCAAAUAUGGGCGAACAGAUGCAAUCCAUGUAACCACUGCAGACUCAUUAAAAUAUGUCGAGGCAAUGCAAGACCCAGCUAAACAGAACACAGAGAGGCUGGCGCUGCUGCAAAAAGCUGUUGAGACACAUAAGCAGAGCACGUAUGAUGCAAUUCAUGGACAAGCCAUAGAUAGACACCUCCUCGGGCUAAGGAUGCUGAGUAUUGAAGACCUGACCUCCAUGCCUGAGAUAUUCAUGGAUACCUCAUUUGCUGUGGCGAACCAUUAUAAUCUGCUCACCAGCCAGGUUGGCUCCAAGACAGACUGUGUGAUGUGCUUUGGUCCAAUGGUGCCAGAUGGCUACGGAGUGUGUUACAAUCCCAUGGACGAGCACAUCAACAUCGCCAUCACAGCCUUCAACAGCUGUGACGAGACCAACGCUGCCAAGUUUGCCCAGGCUGUAGAGGAUGCUCUGUUGGACAUGAGAGCUCUCCUGGAAGACACAGCCACAGCCAAGCAGUGAUCCCACACAGGAGCCUGGCGUUGGUGUUAGUGUCCCGCCAGGCUGUACGGGAGCUGGAACUGAAGCGGUGCCGGAGUCAGUGGCAGAGCGCCACACUGACAUAACCGCACAAUGUACUGAGUGUGCUGGAGCCGAGGGGGAAACCUGUUAUCAAGGGAUUGUGGGAAGUGCAAUGUGUGACAGCAUAUGUGAUGAGAAGCAAUUCU